AUGGCGCAGCAAAAAGCUGCUUUCAUAAAAGUCCCGACAGAACAGACCGAUGGCUUCCAAAGCAUGCCGACUGAGCCCUCAAACCGCCUACCAGACACCGACCUACGAACCGAGAUAUGCACCGAAACCGACGCUCUCAAAAUCGCAGAAGCCUUCUACAUCUGUUUCCCCGCCGAGUGGUGGGCUCAAAAAGAGCCCAUAGAACUACGCCCUGCAGAACAUUUACGUCACGCGCUGCUAGCAAAACGGCUCCUACCCGCUUUCAAGUACGCACAUAUCGUCUUUGUCAAAGCCGUUCUCGUGGCCACAGGCGAAACAAUCGGUGUGGCAGGUUGGUCUCUGCCCUCGAACCCGGACGUUCAUAAUCUUUUCCGCCGCAGCGCUGUCGAACAUUACGGCUGGCAAACCCUGCUCGGCUGGAGCGAUGCCGAGGUUGAGGAAAUGUGGGCGCAUGUUGCGCCUGAUUGGAAUAGCGAGAUUGAGAAAGAUGAUGAUAGGAGGAGAGAGGUGAUGGAUGGUAAGCCGCAUUGGUAUUUGGCGCCGCUGCUUGUCUGGCCGGAGUAUCAAGGUCGCGGCGUUGGGAGUCGGUUGAUGAGAUGGGCGAUUGAGAAGGCGGAUGCUACUGUUCCGGCUACGCCUAUGUAUCUAGAGUUUUUGGGAAUGACAUGUGUUCUCCAAGGAUAUAAGUAA